UUCUUACCUUCUUCGAAUUCUCCUCAUCGUUAUCUUCUUCAUUCUCUGAUUUCUGAUUCCCCUUCUUCUUCUUCGUUCCCAAAACCUUGUUCCUCCGAUUUAGGGUUUCUCAGUUUCUCUGAUUUGAAUUGAUUCAUAUAGCAAAAAAUCCCCAAUGUUUACAGAGUUUCUAUGACGCUCGUCAACCCCAUGCGUCGAAUUCGUCUCCAACACUCCUUCUCCGUUGCAUUCCUCUACUGGUUCUACGUCUUCUCAUGAACUCCCUCUCCACCAUCGCUUAAUCUCUCUAAUUUCCCCUUUCUUUCAAUUUUGCUACCAAUUAGAUCUACCAAACCCUAAUUUCACAAAAAACAAAAAAAAUUCACCGGAAGGAAUGGCUUCGGUUCAACGCGGUUCCAGUUCGGGAUCGGAAGGCGGAGAUCUGGCUAUUGACGACAGGAAGAGGAAGAGGAUGGUGUCGAACCGCGAAUCGGCUCGGCGGUCGCGGAUGAGGAAGCAGAAGCAGCUUGAGGAUCUGACGGCUGAGAUGAGCAGGUUGCAGGUUUCGAACGAGAGUCUGGCUCAGGGGAUAAAGGUGAAGGAGGUUUCGCUGAUUGAGAUGGAAGCUGCUAAUGAUAUUCUCAGGGCUCAGACUAUGGAACUUGCUGAUCGGUUGCGGUUUCUGAACUCCAUUCUGGAGAUUGCUGAAGAGGUCAGUGGAUUCUCCGUUGAUAUUCCUCAGAUUCCUGACCCGUUGCUGAAACCAUGGCAUGUUCCUCAUGCGAUUCAUCCUAUCAUGGCGUCCUCUGAUGACAUGUUCCUCUUUUGAUCUCUGGUUGUUGCUGUUGAACUGGUUCAAUUAGGGUUUUAUCUGUAGUGUUUAUUUUUUAUGGUAUGUGUGUUCCUCUGUUGUCAGUGAAUAAACAAUGGGGCUGGUGUUGGUUUUGAAUUUGAGUUAGUAUGGAUGUUAUGACUGGGUUUUAAGUUUAUGUUAGUAGUUUAUCUUGUUUUGUGUUA